AUUAGGGUUCAGAUUGCGUUCUCGUGUGUGGCUGUCAGCAGCAGCAGCAGCAGCGAGCCUCAGUGAGCCUCAGUGGACGUCCGUAGCCUCGAUCUACAGGAUUUCUGCAUGCGUACGCUUGGGACGUGCGUCUACCUGCUUACACUGAACCUUUGCCUGUGGAUACUGCUGCCACUUAAGACGCAUCCGCACACUUCAGUCUCGUGGUAUUUUCUGCCUUUGAAGCGAGCUGCUGUGUAAUAAACAGCACGCCCGAGGGGAAGACUCAUCACUAAACUUUAAAGAAGACUUUGCAACUUUGCCAACACCCAGUAGUGUGCAUCGCUGUGAGUUCAUGUGGCUUAUCAUUUGACAGAAGCGGACCAUUUUCUCUGGGGAAACUUAAACAGAAAGCUUUUUUUAAUUAAAAAAACAUGUUCAGCAAGUGCUCCGUUGUGUUAUUGAACGUCCUCUUUCUGGUGCGGGCGCUCUCGGCUCACGAGUGCACGCCGUGUAACCUCCGGACUUGUCCGGUCAAAGCCCCUCACGGCUGCGAGGGUGGCCGGACCUUGGCCAGGGAUCCGUGCGGAUGCUGUGAUCAGUGCACCCGGCUGGAGUGGGAGCCCUGCGGCGGACAAGACUGGACGCACGGCUACUGUGCCCUGGGGCUGACCUGCGCCUCUGUCAACAAAACCGGAGCUGCCACAAUCCCUGAAAUUGGAGUAUGUAAAGUGCUCCCUGACCGUCCAGAGGCAGGCCUUGAAGACGAGCGCUGUCCCCUAAUGACAGGCUGCGACAGAGCUGGAGGACAGUGUGUGUGCGACGCCCGUCACUCCUGCUUGGGCUCUUUCAUAUACCCGGACCAAGAAACCUGCAUGAAGGCCAGCAAGACAGAGGGUCGGAGGCACGAGCACCGGGAAAGACACCGAGAGAAGUAUGUGGGGCCAUCCAAUCCGGCCUGCAUGUUCUCUGGGUGUAACCUGACCGCUGAGGGCUGCGUGUGUGAGUCUCAGAGCUGCCACCACCACUUCGCCUACAUCAACCGCAGCCAGUGCCAGGAAGCCGCAGAGGAGCUGAGGUGUGCCGGGGUGACGUGUCCCACUCUGCAGGUGCCCUCCUGCCCCCACGAUUCAGUCCUGACAAAGAGCUACACUCCCCCUGCUGGCUGCUGUCCCUCUGUACCUCCCCAGUGCACUUGCGACCUUCGUGCCUGCCACAAGCCCCAGUGCCCGAGCGGACAGCGGGCCGUGUCGCUCAGCCAGGCCAGCGGUCAGCCAGGAGACUGCUGUGAUAUCUUUGAGUGCCAGAAAGCCUCUCCCAAAUGCGUCCACAAUGGGAAGGAGUUCUCAGAGGGAGAGGUGUACCGCAUGGACCCCUGCUGGCUGUGUCAGUGCAGAGGAGGAAUCUCCUUCUGCUCCAAGGCAGAGUGCGCUGAGCUGGACUGUGAAAACUUCUACAUUCCUGAGGGCGAGUGUUGCCCCGUCUGCAUAGACGUGGAGUUACUGUCCAUGGACAGCACUAAGGCCAGUUGCUGGGUGAAUAAUAAGCUGCGAGCUCAUGAGGAGCAGUGGAAAGAGGACGACUGCACCUUCUGCCAGUGUGUGGAUGGAGAACCUCACUGCACAGCCAUGGCCUGCAAGCAGAGCUGCCAAAACCCAGUCAAGAUUCCCGGAGAGUGCUGCCCCUUCUGUGAAGAGCCUUCUUAUGAAACAGUUAGCCCCAUGCUGUGUCCUCCCCUGGAAAACUGCUCCCUGUCUGGGAGCGACUGCCCCUAUGGCUUCCAGCAAGACAAAAAUGGCUGCCUACUCUGCCAGUGUCUCAACAAUGACUCCUGCCCCGAUCUGGGAAAAUACUGUUCCCUGCAAUGCCCAAUGGGAUACGAGAGGGACGACUUUGGCUGUGAGGUGUGCGAGUGCAGCAUCCCCACGCCCAAGUGCCGACCUCUGACCUGCACUAAGACCUGCCCUUAUGGAUAUGUGAGGAACAAGCACGGCUGUGAGAUGUGCCGCUGCGUCAAGUGUCCGCCCUUCACCUGUGACAAGCACUGCAGCGACGGCUACCGACAGAACCGGAAAGGCUGCUCCAUCUGCAUGUGUAAAGUCGGCCAUGUCCCAAGCACCACUUCCCCGGUCCCAGUGCCUAACUAUUGCCUCACCUCCAACGGGCACCGAUAUGAGGAAGGUGACAGCUGGCAUGAUGGCUGUCGCGACUGCUACUGCCACUCUGGUCGAGAGAUGUGUGUGCUCAUUUCCUGCCCCAUGCCCAGCUGUUCUCAUCCAGUUGUCAGGCCUGACCAGUGUUGUCCUACAUGUGAGGAUGAGUCAGGCAGCGGUCAGCCAGAGGGGAUGGACAUGGUGGUGUGCAGAGCCCCUGGGGGGGAAUUUUAUGUGGAGGGGGAGACCUGGAACCUGGACGAAUGCACACGCUGCACCUGCCGGAAGGGACGGGUCCUGUGCGACACUGAAGUGUGUCCCCCGGCUCUCUGCCAGACACCAAUCAGGAACAAGGACACCUGUUGCCACGUGUGCCCAGAGGAGACUCUGAGCCCCUUGCUGCCAGUGAACAACAGCCAGGAGUACUGCAUAACCAGCGAUGGGGACGUGCUGCUGGCUGGAGACUCCUGGAAGGCGAACGCCUGCACCAGCUGCACCUGCAACAACGGCACCAUUCAGUGUUUCUCUCAGCGCUGUCCGGCUGCCAACUGCAGGGUGCCCGUCUUACGCAAGGGCCAGUGCUGCCCACACUGUCUAGAAAUUACAACAUCGGUGCCGGUGAUGGUGUCAACCCGUGCCCCCAAGACGACUGUUACUGCGACAGUGGAGAGCACAGUGUGGCUCACCACGGUCACUGUAACACCCAUCAUCGCUGAUACAGACGAGCCAGGUUUGGGUGAGAAUUACCCCAGCCAGACGGAGAUGGCCCUCAUCUACCAAUCGGCCGCCUGGAUCCUGGCAGGUCUCCUCCUGGCCAUCAUUAUCUUCCUCAUCGUGGCGUUGCUCAUCAACAAGAAGAAGAAGUGGGUGCAGAUGUCUUGCUACAGUGCGCCAAAGAAGACGGUAAUCCUAAAGAAGCAUGUAAACAAGAACUCAGUGGUCUACAUGGAGCCAUCCAAGGAGAACAAAUUUCAGAAUGUGAAGAACGACUGCGGCAUCAUCCACUUCUCUCCAGAAAUGAGCUCUCCCUGUGCGGACAAGAUGACCAUCCCCAGGGCCAAACUGAGCAUGGGCAACAACUGGACAUCGCACUAAAAAAAAAAAAAAAAUCCAACAAAAUAAAACACACCACUCAGACUCUGCAGAUCAGAGCUGUCCGACACCUCCCACUCUCUCUGUACUGCUGUAUCCAAGGUGAUUAACUGUGCGCACCUCGGGCACUGCCACGUUCCCACCCCUUUUUCUCCGUGUGUGACAGUAAAACCAAGGAUGCUCUACAAGAGACAAAAGCAAGUGACCUCUGUUUCUUAUAUCAUGUGACCGUAUUCUUCUGUGUUUGGACCUUUUCUGGGGGCUGGAGUGAGAUGCUGGGAGGUGGAUGGACAUGGUGGAUGAACAUGUAAAGGACACAGCCACUCUGGGCUCUGCUUUAAAACAGAGAAGGAGGCAGCCCGAGAGGCUCCUCUGUCAGAAUCGAGACUUUUGACUGUGAACAUUGUAAUAUUUUUUGCUUAUUAUUGCCUCAUUUGGAACUGGAACUUUGAGGCAGUAAGAGGAGCAUAAAAAGCUUUAGGACAGGGGUUUGGGCUGCAGUUUAAAGGGGGACAGAAAGGAUACUGCCCCACUACCACCACCCCACCCCCUGUGAGCAGCAGUGCUUCAUGGAUGUAAUCAUUAUCAUCAGCAGGGAGGCCAAAGGAACUGAUUGAAAUUGAGUUCAACAGCCAAAUCAAGUCAACUGGCUUUAUAUCGACCCCCGGAUCCAAACCCCUGCUUUAGAAUGUGUGGUUUCCAUCUUAGUUUUUGUAUAUUUCUACAGUAUUUGUAAUAGUUGUAGUGUUGUUCUUGGCCACCUCUCGUUUUUAUCAUGGGUGUCUGAAAUAUUUUGAAAAUGGCCACCUAAACAUUCCCCCCUCCCCACAAUCUAGUUCAGGAAAGUUAUCGUAUAAUAAUAGCCUUGUUUCUACCCUCAACUGACCCGAGUCCAUUCCAUUCAGAAAAUCCCAACAACAAACCGCAAUUGCACAAAAGGAAGUAUGCAAAUUCGCUCUGUAAGCCGGUCCGCAAUACAGUAGCCAAUAAUCUCCAUCUUUCCACUCCAUUCCUCUAGAGAGGAAUCAGCCCCUUCAGUUUUACUUCAUCAUCUCAAAAAUCACAGAGUUGAAGUUAAAGCGGACUGAUGUUCAUCCAGGAAGAAUGUCAUUUUAUUGACUGCAGAGGAGACAAAACGGUGCCAGAUGCUUCAUCUGGACCUGUGAGGAAUGGCUUUGAUACCAUGCCUCACUUCAUAACUUCAUUCACAGCUGUGUGUGUGUGUGUGUGUGUGUGUGUGUGUGUGUGUGUUUGUGUGGAGCUACUGUUCACACUGAAUGUUAGCGAUGGUUAGUAAUAAUUCCUUUUAAAGCCUUAAUUCUAUAGCCUUAAUGCAUUUUUCUUUGUUGCUAUCUUUUCAUUUAAUAGCUGCGUUAGCCCAUAUCAAGAAAUCAAAAAACAAUAAUUUAUUCACCCAUUAUUAAGAAGAACAGAUUAUGUUACACAGUGUCACUGAUGGUUCUCAUCAGCUCUUCCUAUACUGGUGAAAUACUGCAUGUGAUGUAGGGACAUGAGAGUUUAAGGGGAGUUUGUUUGUAACUGUACAUAAUGGGACACAUUACAAUCAGAUCAGAGCAUGUUAGAGAGACAUAGCACUUUUUCUUUGGAGCCAGUGUUUUUUUUUUUUUUUUAGAAAGCCCACUGCAGGAUUCUUGGAGGGAUAAAGGCCCUAAUCAGGGAUUUGAUAGGCAUAUUAAGCACACGGAGAUGUUAAACCACUCAAGUGAACACGCUGUUGCGGCUAGAGGCUCCACACCAAUCUGAUCAGUGUGGGGAAGGGAUAGAAUCUGAGAAGCAUUACGAAACAAACUGAGGUUUCAUAGGAAAAAAAAAAAAAGGUUUUGGAUCAGAGUUCUCAAUCCAUUGCCAGUUUCUCAAUACAAAGAUCAUUCUGAUGCCAAAAUUGGUUGGAGAUCAAUUAAUAUUGAAGUGUUUUUAGUAACAGUAGAUUUGUGUCUGUUUGAAUCAUGACCAUGUGCUUUAAAAUGAAGAGGUGACUGUAAAAGCUUACGCAAUUUUUUUGUUCUUCUAUGUGUAAAAGAAAAAAAAAAGUAGUUUAAAUUAGUAGGACAGAAGAGUACCUUAUUUAUUUUUUCACAUAGCUUUAUUUAUUAAUACUAAACUAUAGUUUGAGAUUUUUUUUUUUUCUUUUUGAAAAAUGAACUUUUGGUAGCCAAAGCUGCUGUACAUUGUAGACCAUUUACCAUUUCUAUCUGCUAUAUUCUAUACAACCUUAUUUAUUUCACUGUUGCAGACCCUGUAAAUAUGUUUCCUAGAUGAUGAAAUGUAACAUUUACACUUAUUUUGAAAAAUAAAUGUGUGAACCAAA